AUGCAGCCCUACUUUGAGACUGUAAAGUCAUUUGCAGAUGUCCCCAUUCAUCCUGAUGGCAUCGAUACACGUGCAUUCCUCGAAGCCUCAGAUGGCUUAGUAGGCAUGUUCGACCUCCUUGGAACAGGUGUAUUCGGGUUCGUACAGGCUGAUAUUCAGUCGAAUAUCAAGGAUGUACGCGCUCAGUACGAGUCCCUUGAUCCAGCGCCAAUGACGGUCGAACGCAUAAUCUCCCUGGUCCCUGAUAUAGACCCGUCUAUAGGAUCCUGCGCGCCUUCACUCACCCGUCUCGUCCGAGGCCUCGCCUUCACCUGCCUUGCACUGCAGAACAUGCAAGAAAACCCCUCGCGCGAACUGCAUGUCUGCUUCAAGGCCUCGUAUGACACUGUUUUGAAGCACCAUCACUCUUUCAUCAUCAGAUCGGUGGUAUACGUCGCUCUCCAUGCGGUACCUCAUCGAAGGGACUUUUACAAUCGCAUUGCACAGGGCGCGCCUCAUGAUAAGCUGGAUGAGGAGAUGCGGCGCUGGUUGGCGGGUCUUGAUGGGAUUGUGAAGCGUCUGAAGGAGUUCUUGAAACAAGGAGGAUUUGGCACUGUGUAGCCAUGGAUUGUGAAUCGGAUGCGUAUUUUUCAGACUUGUGGUACAAUACCCAUAAUCUAUAGAAGGGUACCAUGGUUGUAGGGAAAGCAGCAUUGUACCCUCCGGGCAAUGGCCUGUGCCAUCAAGGAUGGGGUUCGGUAUGUCGAUUUCCCCCUCAUACGCCGCUUUCUUCGAGUCCUGCUUCCAAUAUCCCUCUCAAUCUUUUAAGUCCUGCAAGUUAGGUUAUGCGUUCUUCCGGUUUCCUCCACAUGGG